AUGCAGCUUAGAAACAGAGAUAGUUAUAAUAAGAUUAUGGAAGCUAGUUAGUAACAACCUGCUCAUAUUCAUAAAAAGAAUAAAUUGUUCUCAUCUUUGGUGGAGUUGUUUGGUAAUGAGCAAGGACAGUAAAUAUACGAACAAGCAAGAUAACAUAAAAUUAAAUAUAUUGAAGAAAUAGAAGAAAAAGGAUAUGAAAUAGUUUGCGUUGAUGGACAGAUGAUCUUAAAAAGAAAAUAAGAGAUUUAGAAUAAUAGGGAAAAAGAUUAACUUGAAUAGUAUUAAUAUGAAGACUCGUUUGGUUAAAAUAUAAAUAAAUAUAAAGAAUAAAUUUAUUAUGACAUGUUUUUGAAUAAAGCUCAGGAAUUUGACAAUAAAAAUAAGGUAAAGAGAAAGCGAAACAGGUAGAAAAAACUAUCGAAUAGUUUAAUAAAUGGGGAAAUAUCUGAUAUGAAACAAACAAAAUAAGCAAAUUCUAGUAGAGAUCAUAGUAAUUCACUUGAAAGAAAGUAUUAAAAUAAUUUAUAACAAAAAUCUAUGAGAAGAAAUAAUCAAAAUUAUCUCAGUAGUUUUGAUGAAAAUAUUUAACUUAAAAAAUAUGAAUAAAUAAAUUAAACUCCAUUAAUAUCAUCGUUUGAUGAUGAGAAAUCUAUAUUAAAUAGCUCAGAUGAAGAUAGCAAAAGAAAUUAUCAAUAAUCAUACUAUUAAAGUAAUUAAACUUAUUAAUUGUCUGAGAAAAAUUAUCUAUCUAAUGAAGACAAAGAUAUUAAAAUCUCUCAGUUCGGAAGUGCAAGAAGUAAUAUCUUAAAAAAAUACUAAUCUUCUAAAAGUUCAUUUACAUUAAGCAAUCAUAGUUCAUCUGAAGAAGAAUUAGAUAUCUACAAAGACCAAAAAAAUAUUAAAACUAAAAAUCUGAACAUAAAAAGCAAAGAUUGCUCUGAUAACAAUCAUAAUUGUUCUAAAAGUUCUCAAAAUUAAUCAUAAAAGGAUUAAGUUAAUUAUUUUACUCAUUUUUAGUAGAUAAAUCAAAAUAUUUUGUCACCUACUAAAUAAUAGAAAUAAAAUAUUGAAUUUAAUUAAAAAUAAAUGUUAUUGCCUUGUUAAUUAACAGAUAUUUAGAAUACCUCUAGUAAAGAAAUUUAAAUUAAUGAGUAUUAAAAUAAUGAACUUCAACAGAAAAUAGAAAAAAAUAAUGAUUUAGAUUUAGAAAAGCAAUCUCAUAUUUAUAAGAAAUAGAAUAAGAAAAUGAAAAAAAUUAAUCAAAAUGAGUUUAUAUUGGAUUAAGACAAAUAAAAAGAUUAACAUGAUUAAAAUAAUAAAAAACCUUUAAGUUAAUUAAAUGAUUUAAAUUAAAAAGAAAUAAAUGAUGCUAAUUUGUUUGAAAAUCAUUCUUUUUAACAAUAAAAUGAAUUUAAUAGUCUAAAUAAGUAUAAUUCUAUUUAAAAUAAUACAGAUAAUACUAAAUUGAAUUAAGAUUCAUUAUUUGAAUCCUUUAUUUUUUAAAAGAAAAAUUUAACAAGAAAUAUGUAUAAAAAACUCAAAAACAGUUUUUUUGCAAGUUAAAAUGUGGCACCUUUUGAAUAUAGCUGUUUAGAUGGUAAUGAUACAAAUGAGAAACCAAAAUAACCACAAGCUACUGAAUAGGUAGACUAAAGUACCACAAUAUUUAACGAUUUUGAGGGUAAAAUAAAAAAUUAAGAAAUUUAACCAAUAAAAACAUAGAAUAAAAAACAGAAAAAUUAAAGAUCUUCUUAACAAACUUUUCAUAGGCAUAAUGAAUUAACUGAUUCUAAUUAUUUAAAUUUAAAUACUUAAGAAAUAGAGUCCAAUUAAAAUGAUUAGUAAAAAUAAUUUAAUUAACUUUAAAGUAGCUCUAUUAAUGUAACAAAUAAAAAAAAUUAAAAAAAAUAAAAAAAUAAAAGGAAUUCAUCUACAAGCUAAGUUGAUAGCAAUUAAGAAUUAGAUUAACAAUCUAUUUAAAAAAGAUCUGUUUCAAGAAAUUAAAAUAGAUUAAAUUUAUUUUCAAACUAAAAUUCUGAAAAAAAAUUAGGUGAAUAGUAGUACUUAAGUAGUGUUUAGACUAUUUCUCAAAGCAGUGAUAGUGAUUUCAGCGAUGAAAGUUGGUGUAAAGUUUAAUAGAAGAAUAAGAAGGGAAACAAAAAAAAAUGUAAAAUAAAUAAAUCUCUUGAAAUACUAAGCUAAUAAGAAUCAGCUAAAAUCAAGUAGAGAAAAGCUGAAAAAUAAAAAAAAUUAAAAAAUUUGAAUGAAAGUAAGCUUUUGUAAGAUCAUUAAAAAAUCAAUACAUUACCUUAAUUAGAAGAGGUAGAAGAUGAAAGCUAAAAAAUUGACUUUGAUAGUAAUUCAAAUAUUUUUCAAUAUUUUGACAAUAUUUUUAAUGAGCUUUAGAUUGAAUUUUUAAAUAAAAAGAAUCAAUAAAGUACAUAAGAAAUAAUUCCUAUUACUCACUCUCCUUCCUCGUAAAAGCAUUAAAUAUCAAAUUAAAAAUCAAAUGAUUGUGAUCUAUACUCCCCAAUAAAAAAGCUAACUAAUUAUAAUAGACCUAUCCCUAAAAAGCUAAAAUCAAAAAUACUACGUAAACAUCCUUAAAUCAAUCUUGCGCUCAGAUAAUCACAACCAUUUAAAUGUUUAAUUUAAUUUAAUAAACCUCUUCAAGUAUAUAACGCUUCUUAAUGGUUUUAAAUCGAUUGA